GGACAACGACGACCUCCUCCGUGAGAUCCUACUCCUCCUCCCCCCGCAACCGUCCUCCCUCCUCCGCGCCUCCGUGGUCUGCAAGCGCUGGCGCCGCCUCGUCUCGGAUCCGGGUUUCCGCCGCCGCUUCCGCGCGCACCACCGGAAGCCCCCAAUCCUCGGCUGCUUCUACUUCGACCAAGAUGUCGGUUACGUCUUCACUCCCACGCUGGACUCGCCCGACCGCAUCCCGGCCGCGCGUUUCUCCCUGCCGCAGCGCUGCCGCGACGAGGGGUUGGACUUGGACUUCGUGGAAUGCCAUCACGGCCUCGCCCUUUUCCUCAACAAGAAACAACCCGAGGCCGUCGUGUGGAACCCCAUCUCCGGUCGCCAGCACCGAGUAGCUUUUCCACCAGAGUUCGGCAACGCUAGAGAGAGGGAGAUCCUAUGCGCGGCGGUGCUCUGCGCUGCUGGUGAUGACGACCCUGGCCAUGUGCACGGUGAUUGUGGCUUGAGCUCUUUUAAAUUGGCUUUGGUGCGAGGUGGCCAAGACCACGCAAGUCUAUCUGUGUGCCUCUACAAAUCCAGGUCUGGCCUAUGGGGAAAUGUUAUCUCAACGACUAAAGACUGGUAAACAUUGUUUUCUUGGAGAAAGUCCAGCGUCCUGGUUGGGAAUGCACUUUACUGGUGGUGUUGCCAGAUUGAAGGUUGCAUUCUUGAGUUUGAUUUUAAAAUGCAGAAGCUUGUUACAAUUGAGAAGCCAGUAGACGACGGUUGUUCUGACUAUCAGAUCAUGCGGACAGAGGAAAGUAGUCUUGGACUCAUCAUCUUGACAGAACUGACCAUGCAGUUAUGGAAGCGGAAGGUCAGUUCUGAUGAUGUUGCUACAUGGGUCCUUCAGAAAACCAUUGAACUGACAAUGCACCUUUGGCCAAGACAGUCCGUCCAGGUCUUCUGGACCAGGAUACAUGGGUACGAGGAGGAUCACUAUGUGAUAUUUCUGGGGACAUCUAGUGGUUCUUUCAUGAUUCAACUCGACUCAAUGCAGUUCAAUAACCGAUUCCAGUUCAACUCCAUCUUCACCUAUUUUCCCUACACAAGCUUUUAUGCUGCAGACUGGGCAGCUGGUGGUAGAGAUGAUGGAACUGAAAUGUCAAGCAGUACAUCACCUAAUUGUCCUAUCAGAUAAGCUACCAUAAUGUGUUAAUUGAACCCGUGAUGUGCAUUUUGCUUCUGAUACGUACAUGUUUAUUUAUUUAUUACCUUAUCAACAUUUUGAUAUAAUCCUGCAAACUGUGUAUCCUCCUAGUAUUUAAGCUGUUUGCGACCUAUCUAGUAGAUUGGGAUCAAAUUUGUUUCAGUUGUAAACAAGCUGCGUAUUAUGUGGUAUUUUAUUGGAUGUGACCACUUGUGUUUCUUCUUGCACGUUUUGUAUUCUUUUUCAAGGACCAAAGUCCCAGAGAGAAUCAUAUAGUUCUCUCAUGCACAUAUGUUCCUCAGAUGUCACCACCUACGGUAGAUCAUAUUUUGAGGGCAACCGCGAUCUAGCUCCUAUCUCCUGGCCCUACUUCUUAGAGCAUCUCCAAUAGGUGCCCUAUAAUAAGGCACUAAACUGUGGUUGGAGCAAAAUUUGCCACCUAAAAGUGCUUUUUUACAACACCAAAAACCUCCCAACUCUAAUAGAUGCCUAAAACAGGUGUUGCAAAAUACAUCAUGGUCGUCUUCUUGUGGGUGCCCUAUUUUAAGGCACCUGUUGGAACAACACUUUGUCAUACUAGAAGAAUAUAUAAUUUUCAGUCUCUAUUUCAUUGUGGACAUUUAGACCAAUAAUCUUUCAUAUCCUCGAUUUAGUCAUAUUAGCUAUGUACUUGAACAUUUUAUGUCCUCACAUGCCAUGAUAGGCAACUGCGGCACGAUAAUUCGGGGGCUCGGUGUUUUAUUCUGGUGGAGGAUGUUGCCAUUUAAGACGGUAGGAUCACCGUGAUCUUAUUUUUCUUCUUCUGAUUCUUGUCAGUUAGGAUAAGUUUGUCAGAGACUGGAUGUUCAGUUUGUUGCGUAGAUUAGAUUUCCCUUGUUGAUGUUUUCAUCAUGUAAGAAGUUUCAACCUACUACAUGUUUGCAUCACCCCCUGGUCCCUAGUAUAAUCCUCUUCCCCACUUAGCCAAGUCAUCCUGGCCGUCUAUCUGGAGGUAUUUACCAAGCUGUUGUCACCUGAUGGAAACUGAAGACUAUGUAAACAGUAUAGUAUCAGACUAUCAGUACAAAUCUACAGACGCCUCUUCCAAUUUUGUGCCUCGUGUUACCUCUCUCUGUUUGUUACUCCCUCCGUCCCGAAUUACUUGUCGCAGGUAUGGAUGUAUCUAGAUGUAUUUUAGUUCUAGAUACAUCCAUUUCUGCGACGAGUAAUUGGAACGGAGGGAGUAGUUUCCAUCUGAUAUUUUUGCUAAACUGAUUUACCUGGGAAGGUUCGAGCAUUGACUCCAUAACCCUUUUUUUUAUAGAAAGGAAGCGAUGCCCCCAGCAUCUGCAUUGUUUGAUGUGCACAUCCAAUAAACUCUGUAACUAUGUUGCCAGAUUUUACGUUUGGAACUAGCUGAGAAUUUACAGCUUAAUCUUCGUCUGGGUGAGUAAUGAGAAUCAGAAUUACUGAUAUUAUUGUUUUCUUCGUAGUUAGCCGGAGCUGCUUAGAAGCCUCAUGUGUGAACCGAUCCCACAUAUAUCAGAACCAAUCACACGCUGAGAGAAGACAUUUAUUUGACAGCAGAAUAAAUAGGAGAGAACAAGUAAUCCUGAUGACUGGUAGCAACAAUUCGUAUCUAGUUGCUAGUGAAGAUUGUGCAGAAUUAGUCAUGUCUGUGUUAACUAUGUAUUGGUUGUAGCUGGGCUUGAUUUGUUGUUGGUUGACCAUACAAGCACUUACAUUUGGAGAUCAUCUUCAGUGUCAGAUUGUUGUCAUAUUCUGUCAAGCACUGGCACCGGCGCCGGCGUCAUAUUCUGUGUGCUAGUCUGGACAAAUCAUGAUUUUACUGGCUUAAUAGUUAUUGGCUGCUGCAUGAAUAGUUCUGAUCACUGUACCAGAAUACUGAAUCAGUUAUUAUGAGAGAA